CCGGCAAGAUGGAAACCAACUUUUCUACUCCUCUGAACGGAAGUGAACAAGUUUCCUAUGAGUCUCCUGGCUACGCUGCUCUGCGGAUUCUCUCAUUGGUGGUGACUGGGGUCACCUUUGUCUUUGGGGUCCUGGGCAAUGGGCUUGUGAUCUGGGUGGCUGGAUUCCGGAUGACACGCACAGUCACCACCAUCUGUUACCUGAACCUGGCCCUGGCUGACUUUUCUUUCACUGCCACGCUACCAUUCCUGAUGGUCUCCACGGCCAUGGAAGAAAAAUGGCCUUUUGGCUGGUUCCUGUGUAAGGUGGUUCACAUCGUGGUGGACAUCAACCUCUUUGGGAGUGUCUUCUUGAUUGCUUUCAUUGCACUGGACCGUUGUAUUUGUGUCCUGCAUCCAGUCUGGGCCCAGAACCACCGCACCGUGAAUCUGGCCAUGAAGGUGAUCGUGGGACCUUGGAUUCUUGCCCUAGUUCUUACCUUGCAAAUUUUCCUCUUUUUGACUACAGUAACGCUUCCAAACGGGGACACAUACUGUACAUUCAACUUUGCGUCCUGGGCUAAUACCCCCGAGGAGAAGUUAAGGGUGGGCAUUAUCUUCCUGACAGCCAGAGGGAUUAUCCGGUUUGUUAUCGGCUUUAGCCUGCCCAUGUCCAUUGUUGUCAUCUGCUAUGGGCUCAUUGCAGUCAAGAUGCAUAAAAAGGGCAUGAUUAAAUCCAGCCGCCCCUUACGGGUCCUCACUGCUGUGGUGGCUUCUUUCUUCAUCUGUUGGUUCCCCUUUCAACUGGUUGCCCUUCUGGACACAGUCUGGCUCAAAGAAAAGUUGUUCUUUGGCAAGUACAAAAUCCUUGAUGUCCUGAAUGACCCAGUGAGUGCUCUGGCCUAUUUCAACAGCUGCCUCAACCCCAUGCUCUAUGUCUUUGUGGGUCAGGAUUUCCGAGAGAGACUGAUCCACUCCCUACCCAGCAGUCUGGAGAGGGCCCUGUCUGAGGACUCAGCCCCAACCAUUGACACGGUUACCAAUUCUGCUUUACCUCCUGCAGAGGUUGAGUUACAGAAAAUGUGAGGACAGG